GCGCGACAUGGUCGCGCUGCUGGUGCGCGCAGCAGGUCGACAGAAUUGUCAAGAUGGAAGACUCGCGGGGUUGACCGUCGCUCGCAGUAUGGAUUUCACCGCAUGAGAUUCGUGCACGGGUGCCGCUGGGGCUGAGAUUCCCGUCCGGUCUCCGUGUGGAGCAAGAGUGAAGAAAGAGGGGCGGUUGUGGUCGGCAGACGGUGGUGUCUGCAAAUGGUGUCGCGCCGCAGGAACGCGAUCAUGCGGCGCGAUCGAACGCGGUAAUGAAGAGUGGCAUCGCGGAGCAACGCGGCAACGGAGCGAGUCACAAUGGUGGAUAACAGUUGCAUUAUCGAAGGAAAUGUCAAAUUUCGUGAUGGCAAGAAGUGGAAAUCAAGAUGGUGUGUUAUGCGGAAAUUAUCACCAGUAGCAGAUUGCUUGCAUCUGCAACUUUAUGGAGACAGUAAGGAUCGUUACAAGCAAGGCCAAACAAAAGCGUCCCUAAGCUUGCAACACUUUCUGGGAGUGGAGAGUGGUUUUACACUCGACAAAGAAUCCAAUACGAUUGCUAUAAUUUGUCAAGAUGUAACAGUUGUCCUCGCAUUUGAUACGCGGGAACGAUUGAUACAAUGGCAAGUUAAGAUCUCGAACAAUUUAGGCGAAGAUCAGCAAUUUUUGAUACUCAUCUCUUCGGUGCCGUCGAAGGCGAAGUUCACUAAUGGACCGGCACACUUGCACAUUCAGGACUGUCGUUUUUGCAUCACUAUCGGUGUACCUCCUCGACUCGUUGGUAUCUGGGAGAUCGCGCAUCUCCGACGAUAUGGCGUGGUCGAAGGUAGAUUUUGUUUCGAGGGUGGCUCGAGAUGCGGUCGAGGAGAAGGUUUACACGUUCUGAUAACUGAUCAGGGAGAUGAUAUAAUUAAGACGUUGCAGCUGGCGGCAGAGGGAAAACUCACUACGAAGAAACGAUCGCCGCUCGGUAGAGAACAAUUAUCGACACAGGAUAGUCCAGGGCGACGCCAGUGUUCCCGCGCCGAGACCAGAGCCAGCGAUUUCUUUUCUUCGACUGUGUAUUCAACGUCGACAUAUGAGGAGCACUGCGACAGUUGCAAAAAUGAGAGCUCACCGUACUGGUCAUCUGCGGAGAGCAGACAGCAGACAGAGCUCGAUGGUGAUUAUAGUUGCCGAGAUACGAUGUCCAUUUCAGAACUGCCCGAUCAGCAGCCCGGCGGCGAGUGGCGUAGCUGUUCACUCACUCGUCAAGGUGCAGCGGGACUUGAAAGAUGCGCGAGUUGCAUCAGUAAGCUCGGUACCGUUUCGAAAUCGUCGACCCUGAUCACUACGGCUAUCGUGAGCGGCAUCAGCAGUCCUGCCGCGAGCACGUUAAACAACCUAGCAUGUUCGCAGCCCCGUACCUUCGAUCGACUAUCGUUGUCUUCUUACAGCAGCAGCAGCCACGAGAGCGAUUAUUCUGGUUCGCAGCAGAUAGAAUGUCAAUGCGCGCAGUCGAAAACCGCCCAGUCUCAGACGGCUCGUCAAAUGUCACCGAGCCCAAGUACGUUGCCGCCGAGACCGCCGAAACCGUCCCAACCGCCAUCGCAACCAACAACCAAUCAGAUUGUCACUGCCAAGAAGCCUAAAAAACCGCCGAUGCCAUUGCCUGCCGAACAGCAAGCUUGUGUGCAUCCUCGAAAACCUCAACAAGUUCAGCAGGCUCAACAAACCCAGCAACAAUCCCAGCAAGCCAUAGCUCGCAAUGUUGCGGGACCUUAUGAGAACUACGACAUUCCUAAAACAAUUCUGGGUCAUCACAUGCUACUGGAGCAAGGUCCGCAACCGGAACAGUAUUACGAUACACCAAGAAAAAUAAAAGAAUGUCUCACACUGCCGAAAACCUAUCCGAAUUACGACACGCCUCAGGUACCGCAGGCUGUAGUCCUGCAAGGAUGUGGCUGUCCCGCAAAACUGCCAGUCCAAUCGCCUAGAUCUUCAGGUUGUCCUUGUCAUAAUGUUAUGAGUUGGGCCGGCUUUGUUCUACCUUACUGCCGACGUGGCGCGGGAAUUGAACCGACCGGCGUCACAAUUCAUCCCGUAAAACUCUCAGGUGAGGGUAAGAUGCCAGUGGUGAACGCAAGUGGAGACAUAGCGAUUUAUGCGACCGCCAGAAGGAUAAACAAAAAUGAAUCGUCCGACGAGAAAGCUACGGCGGAGAACUGUGGCUGCGCCGUGGGAAAUAAAUCGAACAAUUACGAGAACGUCGAGCCAGUGAUAGAUACGCAACCGGAAUCGAAACAAGCGAAUUAUGUGAAUAUUGAUUUUACGCAAUCACUUGAGCAUUACGAGAACAGCAAGGAUAUUUUAACGAAAAGCAGUAUUUCACAAGAAGAAAUUGAGAAAUUCGCGGAUCAAUUGAAGGAACCAACACCCGAAGCACCGAGCGAAAAUGCUUCGAAAAUUUGCGAGAAAUGCGGUCACGCAAAAGAAAAAGAAAAUAAUUACUUAGUCAUGGAUCCGGAUAAACAAACCCCGAAAAAGCCGUUCCCCGCUUAUUUACCAAUGCAACCGGCUCACAACGCUUGUUCGAAGGAGAUCCUAUCUAGGCUCUGCAGUGGUAUCAAGAGUUCCAGCAAUCCGACGUUAUCGGGAUCCACGUUACUUGAGAUAAAUAAAAAGCGUUCCGACUCGGAAUAUCGUGUGCCAGGAUCAGCGAUGCUGUCCAGUCCUUAUCUCAGACGUCGCUAUCUGGACGUGGGUAAUAUCACGGAAUCUGGCGGUAGCAUAGGUAUACUUCUCAGGAAACGAUCUUACUCUGCGGAAUCCGCACAUUACCUGGACGACGAGAGCCAUACCUUUCCGUCCACACUUACUAUCCACAAGUGCUCAAGUGAAGCGGAUAAGAAUUCUUUGAUAACUGGCGAGUCGCAUAAUUCGUGCGUCAAUUCUGAAAACAAGAUUAGUAGUAAUCACGAGAACGGGCAAAUAUUGACGGCCGCGUCUCAACCGUCGUUCAUUAAGAUCCGACGUUCAUCAUCUGUGCCAUCUAAGACCGGGCACAAUAGAGAUUCCUCAAGCAGCAACGAUUCCGGCGUUUCAACCGGUUCCCUCAGUCACCGAACGGCGGAGUUUGUGGAGUUCGAGUUAUCAUUGGCAGCACCUGCUGCUUCAGCAGUAAAGCAAAAUAUGUUGUCGGUCUGCCGCAAAAGUCCGCCACCUACAUGUUAUCACAGCAGCCUGCCGAGGAAGUCCAAGUCCAGCGAUCCUCUUCGUGAAAUUUCCUUCCAAUUCCAAAAGAUCAAGAUACCAACGAAAUCGUCAUCUGCGGAGGCCGACAUACCGACGUGUUUGCCAAAAACUACGAAGGGCUUUAAUAGCCCUGGUGAAGUCUCUAAUGCACCUUACAUCGAUUCACGAAGUACUAGCAGCGGUACUUCCGACAUGUCAGAUUACAUCGAAACUUUAUCGCUGUCUUCACAUUCUUCGUCCGAUACACCUGACAGUCUUAGAUUAGGAGGUAGAACAGUAGCAACGACUCUUCGACCUCGUAGCGGAAAGGAAUAUUAUAAAAUUGAUCGAAGUAUCUUGGUAGAACAGGGACGGCUUCUCACUACGGCAUCCGCUAAUUAUGCAAAUAUCACUCCAGUGUUAGAAAAGAGCGAAUCACCGUCACCUGGUUACAUGAGUAGUUCACCUUUUGAGCAACCACAACCCACUCGUGAGCAUUUUCUAUUCCCCGAGGAAGCUUAAACGUAAUAAUAUUGUUUGGAAAAAAGAGUUGAAAACUUGAAGUUCCUAGGAAUUCCAAACAAAUGAGUAAGAUUAUUCACGGUAGAAAUUAUUAUUGGGGCAUUGUGACUAUUUACACUAUACGCAGAUAUCUGGUGUUACAAGCACUCUUUUUAAAAUAUCUGUCAUUCAACACAUAUACGUAGUAUAAUAUGCCAAAUAAUCAAAAAUGAAUAAUUCUUAAGGACACGAAAGCGCUCUUUAAUUAAAUUCGGAUGUUUAUUGAUGUUUUCAUAAAGUCUUCCUCUAAAGAGCACAAUCAUAAUCUAAAAAAA